GAACAACACACUCGUUCAAAGCCGCUUCCGCAUUCGAUGUUGUGAAACACAUGUUGUUUUUCAAUGAAAGUCUGUGAAAAUAAAUGCAAAUAUGCAAGGCGACAAAGUUGAAGAAAUAACAGAAAAGUUAGAGGGAUCUCUGUCUAUAGACACGGGGAAGAUGGAGAAAUAUGACAGGUACAGGCAGGAGGGAAAGGAAGCUGCCUUGAGCGGUGACCUGCAACGUGCCCUAGAGCUGUUUAAGAUGGCUAACCAGUUGCAGCCGAGCGACAAGCUAAAGAAACGGAUCCAGGCCAUACAGGAGAUUGUGCAAAGAGAGGAUGAGGAAGAAGAAGAGGAGGAUGAUUUUGUGAAUGUGAACGGUAGUGGAUUGAACCUGUAUAAAGGGCUCUAUGACAAACUGUAUGACCAUCAGAAAGAGGGAGUGGCGUUCCUGUACAGUCUGCACCGAGAUGGAAGAAAGGGAGGAAUUCUGGCUGACGACAUGGGCCUUGGCAAGACCAUCCAGGUCAUCUCAUUUUUGUCAGGGAUGUACGAUGCAGAACUGGCCAAUCACACGCUGUUAGUCAUGCCAACCUCGCUCAUAAAGAACUGGGUGCGUGAGUUUGCCAAGUGGACCCCCGGGAUGCGAGUGAAAGAGUUCCACGGCUCCAGCAAGGCAGAGCGGAACAGGAACUUAGACCGGAUCCAGCGCAAGGGUGGGGUUAUUAUUACCACCUACCAAAUGCUAAUCAACAACUACGAACAACUUGCAACAUACAACCAGCGGGAGUUCCGCUGGGAUUACGUCAUCCUAGACGAAGCCCACAAAAUCAAAACCUCGUCCACUAAAACGGCUAAAAGCGCUCACGCCAUCCCAGCACAUAACAGAGUGCUGUUGACCGGUACUCCAGUUCAGAACAACCUUAGAGAGUUGUGGGCACUGUUUGACUUUGCCUGCCACGGGUCUUUGCUGGGAACCUCCAAAACGUUCAAAACGGAGUACGAGAACCCAAUCACGCGUGCACGAGAGAAAGAUUCCACCCCUGGAGAGAAAGCCCUUGGAUUGAGGAUCUCUCAGAACCUAAUGGACAUCAUCAAACCUUAUUUCCUACGGAGGACAAAAGCCGACGUUCAGAAUAAAAAGGAACGACAUUGUGAAGAAGCCAACCAGGAUGAGAAUCAAGAGAACAAAUGUCCAAAUGCUGACGAAGGUGCUGUAAUGCCUUCGCUGACACGAAAGAACGACCUCAUCGUGUGGACGUACCUGAGCUCAGUUCAGGAGGACAUUUAUAACCAGUUCAUCUCGCUGGACCGAAUUAAGGAGCUGCUGAUGACUACAAGAUCCCCGCUAGCUGAGCUCACUGUGUUAAAGAAGCUCUGUGACCACCCCAGGCUGCUCUCAGCUCGAGCUGUUGCUCAGUUAGGCCUCGAUCAAGGUACUAACUCCACCCCUAUUGAAAAUAUGAGGGAGUCGGCAGCGAGUCAGAUCGAACAUAUUUCAGAUGACACUUUGAUUGGCGAAUCAGGGAAGCUGCAGUUUCUGGUGUCUCUGAUGGAGUGUCUCCGUGAGGAGGGGCAUCGCACUCUGAUCUUCUCCCAGUCCAGGAAAAUGCUGGACAUCAUGGAGCGCGUCCUGCGCAACAGAGGCUUCCGUCUGCUGCGUCUGGAUGGCACGGUGACACACCUGACAGAGAGAGAGAAGCGUAUUACGUUGUUUCAGACGGAUCGACGCUACACCAUCUUUCUUCUCACCACACAGGUGGGUGGGGUCGGCAUCACGCUGACAGCAGCUAACCGUGUCGUAAUCUUUGACCCGAGCUGGAACCCUGCGACGGAUGCUCAAGCUGUAGACCGUGCGUACCGCAUUGGCCAAACUGAAAAUGUCCUCAUCUACCGACUCAUCACUUGUGGCACUGUGGAGGAGAAAAUUUACCGCAGACAGGUAUUCAAAGACUCUCUUAUACGGCAGACGACCGGCGAUAAGAAGAACCCAUUCCGUUACUUCAGCAAGCAAGAGCUGCGAGAACUGUUCAAACUAGAGGACACUCGCUCCUCCUCAACUCAGCAGCAGCUUCAGGCCAUGCAUGCGCAAAAUCGUCGCUCGGACACCAAACUGGACCAACACAUAGCUCAGCUUUACAGUAUGGAGAUGUUCGGCAUCUCUGAUCAUGACCUCAUGUUUACUAAAGAGGCAGCUGCUGACGAAGAUGCCCCCGAGAACGCAGAAUCGCACCAUUACAUCCAAACACGUGUUCAGAAAGCCCAAGAGCUCAUGCAGGCAGAAUCAGAGCUGCACGGCCAGCUGAUGGACAGCAUCGCUCAGAACACAGAGCCUGCUUGGCUUAGGCAGUCAGGACAACGUGGUAUACAAAAAUCGGCUGGUAUAGAACGCCCAGCCCCUCCUCAUGACGAUGUGGUCACAGUGGAUCUGACUCAUUACAGUAUAGAUGAGCCAGAGGAUGAAGAGGAACAGAGCUCACUUUCUGUUGAGGAAGUUCAGUUUGUAGGUAAAGACGAAGAGGAAGACGCGUUUCCAUGGGCAGGUGGAGAGAGAAAUACAUCUGUUCUUAAGGCCAAGGACGAUUCUGCUGAAGACAGCCAUCCUGUGAUCACAUUGGAUGACAGUUUGAACGUAGCUGACGAAUCUAAAAACAAUACAGCAUCCGAGCAACAAAACUCUCUACAUGACUUGUCUAGUCUCUCUCACAAGUUCCCCAAGCUGGAAGAACCUUCUGUAGUGUCUGAUCAUCUUGAUACAGCAGAAGCUCAAACAGAUGUGGUGCUUUCACCAUCCACAUCUCCAGUGGCUAAAUCAGUUAAGUCCUCCAAAACGGACCUGGAGUCGUCCAAAACGGACCUGGAGUCGUCCAAAACGGACCUGGAGUCGUCCAAAACGGACCUGGAGUCGUCCAAAACGGACCUGGAGUCGUCCAAAACGGACCUGGAGUCGUCCAAAACGGACCUGGAGUCGUCCAAAACGGACCUGGAGUCGUCCAAAACGGACCUGGAGUCGUCCAAAACGGACCUGGAGUCGUCCAAAACGGACCUGGAGUCGUCCAAAACGGACCUGGAGUCGUCCAAAACGGACCUGGAGUCGUCCAAAACGGAGCUGGAGUCGUCCAAAACGGAGCUGGAGUCGUCCAAAACGGAGCUGGAGUCGUCCAAAACGGAGCUGGAGUCGUCCAAAACGGAGCUGGAGUCGUCCAAAACGGAGCUGGAGUCGUCCAAAACGGAGCUGGAGUCGUCCAAAACGGAGCUGGAGUCGUCCAAAACGGAGCCGGAGCCUUUCAAAACUGACCUGGAAUUGCUUCAAGGAAAUUUCAACUUGCAACUUGAAGACAGUGCAGAUAUGUUCUCUGCUGAGGAAGAAGUUCAUGAAGAGGAGGAGUCUUUAGUGGAGAACAGUCUUGAGUUUCAGCUUCAAAUGGAUGUCAGUGGAGAACGACUGGAAGAACCAAGCGUGGAUGACUGCAGACGAAUCAGUAACUAUAUCAAGUGCGAAGUCAGCAAACAUGAAUCUCCUUUAAGGCAGCGUUCUAUUUUGGGCACACCUGCAGACGACUCGUUCGUGCAUUCUGUUCGGAGAAAGAAAAGGAGGCAGGUCAUAUCGGACAGCGAAGAGGAGGGAGAGGAAGAGCUGGAGAUGCCAUGUUUGUCCAGCAGCCCAUUGUCCGAUGGCCUCAGCAAGCUGGGAUCCUCAACGCCAAAAUCCACUUUGGCAAACGGCGCGCGACUCAGGCGGAGCUUGAACACCUCAGUGGCAUCAAGAAGGUCUUUGGUGAUGUCUAUGCUCGAGAAUGAAUCCGAUGAGGAAUCGUCAGAGCCCAGUGAAGGAGAAAAUGAGUCCUAUCAGAUGUCUGCAGCAAGUGAAGCUUAUGCAGAUGAAUCUGUGAUGGAAGAGGAGCCGAAUGGAGAGACUCUGAAUACAGAUGAGUGUGAUGAGGAGGAUGAAGUUGAAGAGAGCUUGGAGAUGACAGGAGAUCAGCUGGAAGUAGAAGAAUCCACUAAUGAUGUUGAAUUAGAAUCUAGUGAAAUGAUGGAGCAAUGUGCUCCUAAAACAAUCCCUACAGAAACAUACACUCUUGCGGUUGGUACCAUCAACAGUGAUGAAACUCCUUCUGAAAACACAUAUGAGGCGCUGGUUCUUUCUGGAAAACGUUGUUUGGCAAACGGCAGGAAGCAGGAAGCUCUGGAUUAUUUUCUGAAGGCUAUAGAUGUAAAUACAGGUGAUCCUGAGAUCCAACUCAUGAUUAUUCAGUUGUACAGACAACUCAGUCAACAGGGACAGUAGUAUAAACAAAAACUUAACAUAUAGAGACUUGUUUUGUCAUGCAUUUCAACGGACUCAUGCUUAUUCACGUGUUAAAAAAAGAAAAAUGAAUGGGCAUGGGCUAAAAGUGACUGAAGUGUCUGGAGAAAUAGCUUGUAUUUGUUAAUACACAGUAAUUUCAGUCAUUCUUAGAAAUUUCUUGAUUUAUUUUCAUGUCCAUUGUGUUUCCCCCAUUGUUUAAGAUACUGUUCCAUUUAUCAAAUUGAAAUCCACAAUGUGGAUUGUGGAGAAAAAAUAAAUUGACAAAGGUUUCAUAUUGUGCUGUUUGUAUUAAUUUUAUACAUGGUUGGAAUUGUAUUUCGUGUAGACCAACACCGGUUGAAAUAUAAUUUUCUAUAAUAUUAAAGCGAUAGUUCAUCCAACAAUGAAUCAUCAUUUAUUCACCAUCUUUUCAUUUCAACCCUGUAUGAAAAAAGAUAUUUUGAAGAAUGUUAGUAACCAAACAACGGUUGUGCCCAAUGACUUCUGUUGUACGGACAGAAAACCAAUGGAAGUGAAUGGAUUCUAUUGUUUGUGGUUGCAAACAUUCUUCAACAUAUCUUCUUUUGUUUUAUGCAUAAGAAAGUCAAAUAGGGGUUGAAAUUACAGAAUUCCUUUUUUCAGCUUAGAGCGUUGACUAACAAAUGUGACUUUUUUUGGAAGAAACUACCACAAUAACAGCUUACAUAUCUGUUUAAUACUUUUACAUCGAUGUCAACAUUAAGUUUAUCAACAAAAUUUAUAACUAGGCUAUAUACUAUUUGGCAAGAUGUAAAUGAUACUGGUCCAGAUGCACUCUGG